AUGCCUCGUAAGGCGGUGUUGUUGAACUCGUUGACUAGAGGGCGUGUACGUACCUCGUUCAACAAGUACAAUUUGUUCAAUCUGUACAAGAAAGGUAACAUAGAUUUCAGGUCUAAGUCGCUAUACCAGCAGAAAUGGUCCGCUAAACAGGAAACGAGGGCUUAUCACGGUGAGCAUAUCACUGAGAGCAGAUGGCAGACUAUGUUCAGUCCCAAGCUGGACUCUGUGGCUCAGCUGGAUGCAUCGCUGAGAGGUGGUGUAACCAAGGAGACUCCAUUUUUGAUGCAAACCUUUGCUACGUUGGAGAAAAGACUGGACUUUGCUGUUUUCAGAGCAAUGUUUGCGUCUUCUGUGAGACAAGCCAGGCAAUUUAUCCUGCAUGGUAAUGUAUAUGUAAACGGUGUAAAGAUCAAACACCCAGGAUAUACUCUCAAACCUGGUGACACUUUCAAUGUGAAACCUGAAAAGGUCUUACAAGCAUUGGGUAGCAAAAAGCCAAGCUUUGAAGAGGCAUUGAAAGUCGACAAGAAACAAGUUGUUCUUUGGAAUAAAUAUGUUAAAGAAGCCAAAACCAAUCCACAAAAAGCAUGGUCCGAUAAAGUAGCUAAAUUCGAGUCCAUGCUAGAUACAAACGAGAAGAAACAUGAAUUCUUGAAAAGAUUGAAGAAAGAAGAUACAAAUCUACAAAACGAAGAAUAUAAAAUCUUAAAGGCAUUAACCCCAAAGGAUAUCCUUGCAGAAAUUAUUAGCAUUCACCUAAAAAAAGCUAAAGAUGAUACUACACCAGUACCAAUUGAGGAAUUCAAGACGUUGGCCAAAUAUGAUGAAGCAAUUUUGCCAACUAUACACAAAAUCUAUGAGACUUACCUAUUCUCGAAGACUAUUUUGCUAGAUAAGUUGAAAGGUAAGAACAAAGAAGAAAUAAAAGAAUUUGCAUCUUCUUUGAUAUCUCCAAAGGAUGAUGCUAAAAAAGACCUAAUUGCCAGUUCCAAGACUUCUCUAAGAGAGGGGAAAAACCAGCUUUCAGAUUUUGUCAAGAAGUACUCCCAAUCAGUGAUAAAUCAUUUCAAGAACAAACAGACUGAUGGUUCUAUUGCUAACAGUAGUUUUGACCCAAAAUGGGCAGAGAACUUAAAAUACCAUCCACGUUUGGAUUUGGAGGCCAUUAAAGAAGACGAGGUAAAAGCUAGGGAAGCAAUCAACUUACCAUGGCAAUCAAAGCAUUUAUAUGGUAGAAAGGAUUCCAACAAACCUUAUUUCACACCAUGGAAGCCAAGACCAUUUUUGGCACCAUUCGCUAUUUUACCACAUCAUCUAGAAAUUUCAUUCAAGACUUGUCAUGCUGUCUACUUGAGAGAUCCAGUUGCUCGUCCAGGUCAUUCCGAAGUGAUAUCACCAUUUGAUAUUCCAGUACAUGAACGUGCAUACAUGUACUACAUCAGAAGAGGUAAAUGA